CGAAGGUCUUAGGUGAGAAAAAAAUCUCGCAUGUUUUAAAUUAUUUCACAAGUGGGGUGGAGACUGUUACCUUAGUUUGCAGUAAUCAAUCAUGGCGCAUCCAGAACUGACCGGUCCCCGCUAUGCGAGGUACUAUUUUUAUGCGAUGAACACGAUUGUGCUCAUCCUAGCAUGCGUAGUUCUUGGAGUGGGAAUAGCGUUAAGCAACGGAGUGUCCAGUUUCCUCAGCAGUCUGAAUCCCUCUCUGGAUCCGACGUUCGGCCGGGGAAUGCGCACCCUCGAAGAAUACCUUUCAGCUGGAUUAUACCAUAUCCAAACGGUGUCCAGUGUGUUCAUUUCGGCCGGUGCUGUCACCUUGCUAGUGACUCUUGUCGGCUAUUACGCGGCCUACAAAAAGUCCCGCUCCAUAACCAUAGCGUAUUCGGUUGUUUUGUCACUGAUUGUCGUCAUGGAACUGGGUGCUGGAAUCGCCUUUGCGGUAAACAGGCCGGUCACCACGAAGAGCAUCUCGCAGAUGUAUCAUAGCGCCCUCAACAAAUAUGAUUACGUGUCUACCACUCUGGACACUGGGAAUCACUUGGUUGUAGUGCUGGAUCGGUUUGCUAAUAACAAUACACUUGUUCCCACACUGUUGGUCAACGUUGUGCAAACUUGGUUGGGUUGCUGUGGCGGUGAACAUGGGUACACGGAUUUCCACAAUUCGCCGUACUGGAUUAAAAACCGAACACCUCCGGUCUUCUGCUGCAAAUUGAAGGAUCACAAAACACUUGAACUCGAACAGCCGACAUGUCUACUGCACAGAAAUCCCGACAACUCCUGGAUGAACACUGGGUGUGAUGAGAAAGCCAUGGAGAUUGUGUCGCAAAAAGCUCCGUCAGUAAUCGGUGUGGCUGUCGGCGUUGGAGUCGUUAAUAUUCUUGGAGUAGCAGUCGCGGCGUAUAUGUGCUACAAAUUCACAGCGGGAUACGAAGAACUUUGAUUAAAUAAUGGUGUGUUCAUGCGUGUGUAGCACAGGCAUUUUCGUUUUCGGAUCUCAAUAUUUACCGGUCAUUACUUCAAUGCGAAUUACCAAUGAUUCGUAAACUGAAAGUUAUUCUUGUUUUUUGUCGCGAAUGAAAGUUAUACAAGUACAAGUACCAGCUCCGACACUGAAUGCUGCUUCUGUUCUAAUCGUGCGACCGUAUUUUUGGCAACAUCGGGCUCCGGAUAGUGGAUACGCGUAUAUAACUAUUCGGUAAAUGUCUUCGGUUCCGUGGCUUUGCGUCACGGGAA